AAUCUUACCGUAUACGUGGAUGACGAGGAUACACCUUACGUGGUGAAAGUACAAGCUGCCACAAAUGAUGGCCCUGGCAUCAUCUCUGAGGCCUACGAGGUGACUACGGGAAGAAGACAAAUUCCUCUUACUGUGAGAUUAGAGAUUAGCGAUCCACACAUAAGUGAGGGAGCUACUGAGACGGAAGUCGAUCCCGCCCAACCAAUUCAUUUCAAGUGUAUUGCUGAGGGUCGCCCUAUGCCAAGUGUCUCAUACAGUUGGCUGCCUAUGAACUCUACAGAAAGUGGUGAUGAGCCAGUCCCCAUUCCCAUCAAUCCUGAUCCAUCAAAGGAGCAUCGUUACAUCUCUAUACAGGUUUACUCUACAACUGCGACGAAGAGAACGCUGCUUUGUCAGGCGAGAAAUCCGGAUGGAACUGUAGAAGACAAGCAUUUCUUCAUCGUUAACAGUAAGUUUUUGCUUUAUAUGAGUUAUCAGAAAAUAUAG